AUGCUCGCCCUCAAACUCAUCCUCAUAGCCGCAACCAGCGUACUCGGAGUCGCUGUCCCCGAACCAACAGCAGCAGCCCAGCAAUCCGCUAUUUGCACAAAAAACAAUGAAAUCCUCAACGCUCUGAAGAAACUCGGCGUACCAGGCACAAAUUUUUGCCGCGAAUAUAUCAACCCACCCAAAACAACCACCGUAACAUCGACUAUCACACCUACCCCCGUGAUAACCACUAGUACCGAAGUAGUCACAGUAACAAGGACCCAAUGCGGCCAGCAAAAACGCGCCGCAUCCCAGCACUUUGAAAUCGAAUACUUCGACCAAGGAAGCCGUGUCAAGCUCGACAAGCGCGCAAAUAUCCCUGCCCAACUCGCGCGUUUCCCUGCUGCAAAAAUCGCAGAUGCGUGUCGCUGUCUCUGCUUGAAGCCAAAGACUCCUCCUACUCCUAUCGUUACUACUGUUACGACUUUUGCACCUGUACCGUGUCACUACGACCGCAACUGCGUGCGUUGA